CGGCAAAGCAGCCCUAUAUCUCCAUUUUACUCGUGGGUGUGGGCACUUCACACGAGCUGAUAAAACAUUUCUGAACAUGCUGAAUCACGAGUUGAUCUGAGCUGAGGGACAUCUUAAGUUGAAGACCGCAAACUAAAGGAGUUCUGGUUCACAAUAACAGGGGAUGUUUGAUAGGGCAACAAAGAAGCUGGUCCGUCAGAUCGAUCCUAAUGGUGCUCUGAUUGCGACGUCCAGGCCGAAUGAUUCAAAUAAACUUCGGCCCCUUGCAGUGGUGUUCAAGAAGCCGAAGGCAUGGUUCUGGCAGGAAACUACAUACAGACCCACAUCCUUCACGCUGAAUGAUCUGCUGAAGGGGAAGGAAAUAAAACCAGUGCUGGAGAAGAGCGAGUUUCUGAAAUAUGAGGCAACGUACAAAAACACUAUAAGUGGAUCGCUGGAGGUGGGAAAUAAAGUUGCCGGCGUGCAUGGACAAGGCAGGUCCAAACUCCAUGUGUCUUUUGGGACUCUUCAGAAGGAAGAUGUGGACAUUCCAAUACUUCUGAAGGACUGCAGAGGCAGGAAGGUGGACCUCGGACACAAGUUGAUUCAGCAGUCAUUGAAGUGGAAGAAGGUGUUCACCCUCCUUAAAGAGCGAAUUUUUACUACGUGUGAAUGUUCAAUCUCUUAUGUCGGACGGGAGCAGGGCAGCUGUUUCACUGGUUUUGGAGGGUUUUCAGAGAUGUUUAUAAAAGACAGCAGUGAACUACAAUGUGACUUUGAGUCCGACCUUGACUUAAGGAUCCCACCAGGCACCAUCAUGGCUUACAGUGUCAUGGAAAUGAGCAUAGACAGUAAUGGCUACUUUGAAUUGUCUCUUGGGCCUGAUGGAAUCGAGGCAGAUGACAAUUCCCAGGAUUCUGAUUCUUCAGAAGCGGAUGGCCCUCUGCCACUUGAAGAGAUCCAGAAAGGGUCUGCACUUAGUUCCCUAAAUAAAGCACUUUCGGAUGUUCACAGUAGGUUUUAUUCGCUGAAUGAUCUUUCUUGUGAAUGCCGCUCUUCCUUACUUCUCCAUUUGAGGAAAAUUCUGUUAGACCGACCCAUCCUGUCAGCUUUGGUGGAUAGGCUCGAGGUACCAACCAGUGAAGAAGCUCCAUUCCUCCCAAAGAACGACCUUUUAACCGACACAUUUUUAGAUUUACUUAAGUGUGAACAAUUCAAGAGCAAGAUAAGGGAAGCAACAGUGACCAAUCAGAAUGGAUCUCAGACAUCAACAGCCAAUCGCAGUGGUCAACCCUCAGCAUCUGAGUUGAAUGGAUCAGAAAAACAGAAUGGAGACACAGCUGUCUCACAUCACAAUGGGACAUCAACAAAAUCAAACAAGCAGAGUGAUCGACUUCGGGUGGCCAUGCAUAUGCUGCUCAGUGCUCUUGAGGAGUUGACAGAUGCUGGACUGAAGCUGCUUGAACAUUUCUGCUCUCCUGAGGGUCUAAAAAGUCUGCAAGACUUUGUAAAUCUUCUGAUAGCUGACGACACGCCACUGUCCAAAGACAGCAUCCCUGUGUUCUUACAGAAAGACGAGGAAUUCUCCAAAGUGAAGGAGCUUUUUAAUUUAUGCAGUGUUUUACUAAAGGAAGAAGAUAAUGUUUUGUUUGCAGAGGUCACAUGUGAAGAGGGAUUUCUUCCGCUUGUACUGUGUAUUGUGAUCAAUGGCCUUGCAUGCCUCAGUGGUGAAUGAGAGUGUUAUUACUUCUUAAUAAUGACUGGGUUUGUAUUGAAUGUUUUGUUCCUUAACUAACCUCACUAACUUAAUUACUUUUGCUAAUUGUAUUUCUUAUAUGUUAUUGUUUAUCAUUAUAAAGAUCAAAAAUAUAU